AUGGACAACGAGAAGGCGCAACUGUUGCGCUCAGAUAGCAUACAGCGCCAGUUUGCUGCCAUUCUCGCCGACGCCCAGAAGCAGUAUGCUAGCUCUACUGGCCUUGACCUCAAAGACUACAUGAACCCGCCCAUGAGGUCGACCGAGGACCUCUUGAAUGUCAUCAACUCUCAGAAUGAACAGUUUCUUAGUUUCCGAGAGAAACGCCAGACCCUUUUCCAGGUCCUCUCUACCGCCUGCAAGCCGCUCGAGGUCGUCGGCGAGGCCUUGGCAGGGGCGUCGGAAGAUAUCUUCCCCCCUGGCCAGACCAUCUUCGCCGCCGUCGUGUAUUUGAUCAACGCCGCCAGGGAUGUCUCGGCCUGCUACGACUCCAUCAUCGAACUCUUCGACCAGAUGCAAGACUUCACAGUUCGGCUAAAAUUUUAUGUCUCCCAAAAAAUGUCCAACGAACUCCAUGACAAGAUUGUCAAGAUUCUAGUCACCAUAUUCGAGAUCUUUGUCCUGGCAACACACGAGGUCCGGAGGGGGCGUCUCAAGUCAUACUUUAAGCGUCUAUUCGGGGCCGAGAGCAAAGUGCCUGACGCCAUGAAGAAGCUGGCUUCUCUGACCGAGGGCGAAGAGCGGCUCGUCAUUGCCGAGACCAGCGCUGGCGUGAAGCGCUCCCUCUCAAAUCAAGAAAGACUACUCGAGAUGAUGUCAAGAGUAGAUGUCAACGUUCAGACCUUGCGCACAGAAACUCGAGUACCCCAAACAAGGGAACAAGCCCUCUCGACUAACCGAGAUAAACUCAAGGGUGUUUUACAGCCCUCUGUCUACCCACAAGACACCUAUCUUGCACUCAACAGGACAAGGACACGAGGGACCUGCGACUGGAUUCUUGAGGACCCCUCCCUGAAAGACUGGCUAGCUGGUAGCAUCCGGUUCCUCUGGAUAUCUGGAAAUCCUGGAACAGGAAAGUCCUAUCUGACCUCUCGUCUCGUUUCGUGGGGUCAAGACUUGCUCAACAAGCAGGAAACCAACAGCAUGAUGGGGUACUUUUUCUUCCGCCAAAACAACCCGCAAUCCCGCUCCAUGACGCAAGCGCUUAGAGAUAUCGCCUAUCAGAUCAGCGAGCAAGAUGUCUUCUAUGGCAAGCAACUCGUACGCGAGGUCUCCACAAGUGACGACAUCAAGACUAUUCCCAGCGCGUUUAGAAAGUUGCUUGUUGAGCCCUGCGUGCCCGAUAAAUGGAAGAGGCACAUCUACGUGUUGAUGGAUGGCUUAGACGAGGUCGACCCACGGGAACUGAGGGAGUUUCUGUCGUUGCUGGACGACCUCAAUCAACAGCCCGAGCACGGAACACGAGUACAACUUGCCCUGAUUGGGCGGUCGACCCUCUCGGACGAUAUCAUGGAUUCCCUCGGUAAUGAUUCGACAGGCGGCCAGCAAUUUCGUACUUUGCAUGUAACACCCGAUCGCAACGGCUCAGAUAUUGUGUCUUACAUUAUCGAGGGUGUAAACUCCGCACGAGUCUUGAGAGGCUCCACGGAAGACUUUAAGAGAAGCGUCAUCGAGAUUAUGACGAAACAAGUGGACGGUCUCUUCAUCUUGGCCAAGUUCAUGCUCGCCGAACUCAACAGGAUACGGCAUCCAAGGAGAAUCAUCGAGAGCUUGAAAUCCCACCCCACAGAGAUUGAUGGCAUGCUGAAGAAGGCCGUGCUGGGUUUCAGUUCAUCCAUCACUCAAGAAGAGGCCGAAGAUUUGAACGAGAUUCUGCGUUGGGUCUCGGUAGCGGAAAUGGGUCUCACACUUGAGCAAAUCGAGUCUAUCUUGACGCUCAAGAUGGGAGAUGCCCCUUUUCGGCUCGAGGAGUCUCUAAGGGGGCAGUUCUCCUGCUUCUUCACCCUCGAGCGUGAAGACGGACUGUCGACGGCCGAUCUUGCUGACCGACACGAACUUCACCGCCGGCUAAUAUCCCUCGAACUGGACCCGAAAAAAAGGACCAGUCCCGACUUCUUGGACAUGGAGAGAGAUAUCGAAUACUUCUCGAAUAAGCGCACGACCUAUGUUAACUUCUUCCACGCCUCGGUCAAGGAGUUCUUCCGAGAAGAUGUGUCGACAAACCUGAGGGCAGAUGCGGAACAUCCUUCUAUCGGGUUCAAGCUUGCCGACGCAAGGUUACACGUCCUCAAAACCUGUUUGCGAAUCUUUACCGACCCGAAAUACUUCACUCUUGGCGAGGAGGGCCUGUCAUUACAGCGUUACGCCGCUUGGUAUUGGCAGGAGCAUCUGGAGGAUGUUGACACCACUUCUGUUUCCGCAGCCGAGAAGGCCGACAUCGGCAGUCGCCUCUACACCAUGCUGACCGACCCCACGAUCCUCUUGACGUGGACAAACCUGUUUGAGGAGAGUUUGGAUAUAUGGACCGAUCAUAACAUCCAAGUCGUCUCUCGGUGGCUUCAAGACCCGGAUGUUACGAGCGCUUUGUCUUCGGAGCAAAAGGUCUGGGUCACGGCAGCAUCAUCAAGCCCAGCCAGCCUGCUUGAGCCUAUGGGAAGAACCUUCUCCAAGGCAUGGCUUGUAGAAGGGUUUGGAAUGUAUAUGCCGACACUGUUUUGUUUUGGUGUUGUGCAAUCUCUGCCUCUCAUGGAGGACGGCGCAAAGUGGUCCGAUUCUGAAUAUCACUGGCAGGAAGUGCCCCUGGAGACCAGAAUACAACAGGCAGCUGAGUGGGCGAAUCAUCCCAAAACCGGACACUGGUAUCGGAGAGUUGGCAGUACUCUGCUGAACUUGGGAAAACAUAUGAAGGCGCUGGAGUACUUCGAAAAGGCCCUCGCCGAGGACUCUAAUAUUGUAGAGAGCUGCGGUCGGAUGGGCUUGUGUCACUUUCUGAAUGGCAACUACGAGAAGGCCCUUAAGCUUCAUCUGAUGUGCGAGGUUGUCGAGCAGGAUCGUAUGGCAAAGGGCCACUACAAGACGGACCGGAAGCUCAAGGGCGCGAAAUGGCGACUCUACAAGAACCAAGCUCAAAUUGCUGAGUGUUACAAUCGCAUGAAGAGGGUCGAGAGCUCUUUGACGUACUGUCGUAAAGCGAUGCGAAACGCCUACGAAGCCCCCGACUUUGAGCCAGAAGUGGCUUAUAUGAGGGUUCUGACUGAGAACAACCGAGUGACGGAGAUGAUGAGUCUGUUUGAGGAGCUGGACGGUCGAUACACCGAAAUGGGUAACUCCCGAUUCGUGCUGUUUCUGUUGACUCAAAUCCCAGACCAAUCCAUCAAGGAGUGGUUCCCCCAAGCAGCCGCUCGAACGGGCAAGACAGGUGUCCUCGCAGACCGUUACGUGAACGGCAUUGAAUCCGCACACGACGCCCAAGACUCCUGGAAAGAGUUCUACCUGCGAAACGCUUUGGGAAAUGUCUACAUGGCGGCGCAAGAAUAUGACAACGCAAUUUCCAUUCAGGAAAGCAUCUGCUUCGUCGAGUACAAGGCAAGAGGCAGCUUGGCCGUGCGAGUUGAAUACAUUGCCUCCUUCAAACAGCUCGCCAGAGCGUACGCCCUCAAAGCGCUCGAGGUGGACCAGGUGCUGCGAUCCGAAACUGUAGAGCCUUGGGUCAGGAAGCUUGAACAGCUCAUGGAGCAGCAACGCAAGUAUCAGAACAGCAACGUGCCAUUGCACAUGGCUGGCUUCGACUCUAAUGAGGCUGCGGUCUUCCUGAUCCUUCUCUACCGUUUACGGAACAGGGAAGCCGAAUCACGUCAGCUUCUAAGUGGCAUUGUAUCCGACUGCCUCAAGCUCCUUGAAGACGAUGAGCCGCAGAACGACGAGAUCAGCAUCCGCCACCUCCAGCGUACGCUCAUCGCCGCCGGCGACAGGGUGAAUGCUCAAGCUCUGUGGCAAUCAACACGGAUGCCACCUCUACACGCCAAUCUCUCUGGUCACUUAACCACCGAGAGAAGGUCCAGCUCGCCGCGCAUCGGAGGAUUGUCUCCCAGGAGACGCGGCAAGCAAAUCAGCCUGACCAAAGUCUUCUCAGAAGGUGAUCCCCUUUCAUGCAACCACUGUCUGGGGAGGUUCGACCCAUCCGACAAGUUCGUUGUGUGCUGGUAUUGCAUCGACUUGAAGUUUUGUCUGCCCUGCCUCUCAGCCGUCAGGAGCCAGAACUUCACGCCGGGGCAUACAUCCGCCUGUAAACCCAGCCAUGACUGGCUUAUCGUACCACCUUUGUUGAAAGAUCUACAACCGGGAGAGAUCCUAGUUGAUGGACAGAUCCAAAUACUGUCUGAAUGGAAAUCGGCAUUGCGGCAGAAGUGGGUGCAAUCAAAGUCUGUUACAGGUCUUGGGAUUAUUUGA